AUUUUUAGGCCCGCGUGGAGAUGCUUGAUCCAUUGAACAGUUGUUAGUUAGCCCGAGCGACCGUGCAGUGCCGGUGCAACCAGAAACAACCAAAAAUGAAUUCGUCUCAAUAUUUGUUAAUCAUCAUGGUAUUAUUAGGGAAUAGUCUAAUGGCGCUAGCGCAGGAUGAGGCGCAGGAAGCGUACAAGCUGUCGGACUCGAUCAACAAGUGCAGUAAGCGCCUGUCGCAGAUGAUCGCGAACUUAUGCAACAACAUGUACAAAAUCGUCAAGAGAGAUACACGGUCGUCGUUAAUGAUAGAUAAGCUAGUCCCAGAAGAACUCCAUGAGCACAUGAAGCGCUCGCGGCUGAAGCGCUCGCGGCGGCGCGUGCGCCGGCAAUUGGUCGAUGAAUGCUGCAAUCAACCCUGUACAAUCAGCAACCUACUCAUGUACUGCCCUCCCGACGCCAUUAUAGUCAAGGAACGUCCAGAAAUAUUUAACUGAUUGUACGAACAAUGGUGCAAACGGCCCUGCACGGUCAAUGUACACGGUAGACACGUAGACAAGACUGUCACGGUAGACAAAUCUGUGGUCGGCGUUAUGAGCCCACCGAUGGACUGCCCUGCAGAUGUGCUAGCAGUAAAUGAGCAGUAUGAGCAUCUUGACAUACUUUGACUAACUGUACUGUAUUACCUCAAUGACAUAAAUUACACUUACGGAAGAAAAUUACUCGUCGACUGUGUCUAUUGUGCAAAAUACUGCUGUAACCCGUAAAUAAUAGAGUAUCCCUCGGGUUAGUAACUAUUUUGGUGACAGAACUUUAAAGAAAAGAAUUCCGUACUUUUUAAAUAGUCUGCCCGAGAAUAUUAGGCAUGAGCCAAAUAAGAAAAAAUUUAAAAACGCAUUAAAACUGUACCUCUUGCAAACACUUAAAUGACAGUUACAAACGUGUAAAUGUCAUUUAAGUGUUUAAAUAUGUAAUUAAUAUUGUUUAAAUUAUAAGUACAUACAUAAGUAGUUUAAUCUACAUAUCUGCUAAAUAGAGACUCAUACCUGCAGACAAACUGUAGAUGCAGUUUUGCAGGGAUAUGUUUUAAUUAUAAGUCCUAUACUGUAACUAAUAAUACAAUAAAUAAAUAAAUAAAUAAAAUAAAUUCUGAACUAUUGUAAUAACAGACAAUGUGAUAAUUUAGUUGUUUAUUUGGAUCGCUAGUACAAGUUGUUUAAGUAAUCUAUCGUUGUCUAUAAUAUUGUUAAAUCGAUUAUAAUUAUGUAUUUAUCUACAUGUAGAUAUAUGUACCUAAAUACAAUUGCUAUUGAUAAAUUUACAUAAUAUGUUUAUUUGGAACGUCUAUCAAAACAAAUUACCUAUAUACAUAUACACAUGUAAAACUAAACUGCUCAAUAAACUAUUAUCUGCAGUCUCAAA